UUCGGUUCAAGAAGAAGAAGAAGGAAAGCGUAAUCUGGCAUAAAUUAGGUUAAAUAAGAGAAACAUAUUUCCAUUUUGACAUAAAAGAUCAAAAAUUUGUUAAAGAAGAAGACCAAAACAAAAACAGUGUAACGCACUGAGUGCCACAAAGGUUGAAGGAUCCCACUCAGAGCAUCGCACAGCAGAUUUCAAUCGAACGUAGCAGAAUUUAAUUCCAUCGAAGAUGGAAAAAUCGCAGAAGAUGCCAAAGGUGGCGAAGGUGAAGAACAAGGCGCCCGCGGAGAUACAGAUCACCGCGGAGCAGCUGCUGCGCGAGGCGAAGGAGCGCGACCUUGAGAUUCUGCCACCACCACCGAAGCAGAAGAUCUCGGAUCCGCACGAGCUCGCGGACUAUCAGCAUCGCAAGCGUAAGGCGUUCGAGGACAUCAUCCGCAAGAAUCGCAUGAUCAUCACCAACUGGAUCAAGUACGCGCAAUGGGAGGAGUCGCAGAAGCAGAUACAGCGCGCGAGAUCGAUCUACGAGCGUGCCCUGGAGGUGGAUCAUCGGAACAUUGCGCUCUGGCUCAAGUACACGGAGCUGGAAAUGCGCAAUCGACAGGUCAAUCACGCCAGAAACCUGUGGGACCGAGCAGUAACUCUGCUGCCCAGAGCCAAUCAAUUCUGGUACAAGUACACUUACAUGGAGGAGACCUUGGAGAACAUCGCUGGGGCUCGUCAGGUGUUUGAGCGCUGGAUGGAGUGGGAACCGGAUGAGCAGGCUUGGCAGACGUACAUCAAGUUCGAAUUGCGUUAUAAAGAGAUCGAUCGAGCUCGACAGAUCUACGAGCGCUUUGUCAUGGUCCAUCCUGAUGUAAAACACUGGAUAAAGUACGCCCGCUUCGAGGAGUCUUACGGAUUCAUCAAGGGUGCUCGUACGGUGUACGAAAGAGCCGUAAACUUUUACGGGGACGAGGGUCUCGACGAGAAGCUGUUCCUGGCGUUCGCCAGAUUCGAGGAGGGUCAACGGGAGCACGAUCGCGCCCGUAUAAUUUACAAGUACGCCCUCGAUCACAUCCCGAAGAGCAACACUCAAGAGAUCUACAAGGCUUACACGAUCCAUGAAAAGAAGUACGGCGAUCGCUCGGGCAUCGAGGACGUAAUUGUCAGCAAGCGGAAGUAUCAGUAUGAACAGGAGAUCAAGGAGAAUCCUUCGAAUUACGACGCGUGGUUCGACUACCUGAGAUUGGUGGAGUCGGAGGGUAACGUCGACGUGGUCCGCGAGACCUACGAGCGUGCGAUAGCCAACGUGCCACCCACCAAGGAGAAACAAUUCUGGCGAAGGUACAUCUACCUCUGGAUCAAGUACGCCCUCUUCGAGGAACUCGAGGCCAAGGAUUACGAACGAUGCCGGCAGGUCUACAAGGUCUGCCUCGACCUGAUACCGCACAAGAAGUUCACCUUCUCCAAGAUCUGGCUGCUGUACGCGUAUUUCGAGAUACGACAGAAGAAUCUGACCAAGGCGCGAAAGACGUUGGGCUUAGCCCUGGGAAUCUGUCCCACCGACAAGCUUUUCCGGAGCUACAUCGACCUCGAGAUACAGCUGGUGGAGUUCGAUCGUUGUCGCAGGCUGUACGAGAAGUUCCUCGAAUUCGGGCCGGAGAACUGCACCACCUGGAUGCGAUUCGCCGAGCUGGAGACGCGACUGGGCGAAACCGAUCGCGCCCGGGCCAUAUACGAGUGCGCGGUCGCCCGACCGCGGCUGGACAUGCCGGAGCUCCUGUGGAAGUCGUACAUCGACUUCGAGAUCGCCCAGGGCGAGACGGAGAACGCCCGCCAGCUGUUCGAGCGACUCCUGGAGCGCACGUUGCACGUCAAGGUCUGGAUCGCUUACGCCAAGUUCGAGCUGUUGAACCCUCAGCUGGAGGACACUCCCGACAACGUCGUCUUGGCGAGACGGAUCUUCGAGCGCGGGAACGACGCCCUGAGAUCCAGCGGCGACACCGAGAGUCGGGUGCUCUUGCUGGAGGCGUGGAAGGACUUUGAGGCGGAGAAGGGCACCUCGGAGAGUCUCACCAAGAUUAUGGAGAAGAUGCCACGCAGGGUGAAGAAGAAGAGGCGCGUCGUCGGCGAGGACGGCAGCGACGACGGCUGGGAAGAGGUCCUGGACUUUGUUUUCCCAGAAGACGAGUCGCAGAGGCCAAACCUCAAGUUCCUGGCCUCUGCGAAGGCUUGGAAGAAGCAGACCGAGUCUCAAGCUUGAGAUUAAUAAUAUUAUAUUAAUAUUAAUAUAUUAUAUCAUAUAUAAUAAUAUU